AUGGCUGAUUCGGAUGAGGAAUACGUGGGAGAUGUCACUGAAGAUGAGGAUGACCUUCAAGUGGCCGGCGGAGACAAGAUUGGAACGAGGAAGAGAAAGCAGCGUGGAGGACAAGAGUGGGAGCUUUCGAGGACUUGGGAGACGCUCGUCGAAGGUGCAGAUGGUACGAUCAACUCAACGGUAGAAGGUCUACUGGAAGCUGGGAAGCGUAAGAGGCUGUUGAAAGAUACAACUCCCCUCCAGCGCGGCAUUAUACGUCAUUUGAUCCUUGUCCUUGACCUUUCUCAAUCGAUGUCCGAGAAAGACCUUCGUCCUACCCGAUACCUGUUGACUUUGCGAUAUGCGCAAGAGUUUGUGCGCGAGUUCUUUGAACAGAAUCCCAUCUCCCAACUGGGUGUCCUGGGUCUCCGAGAUGGAUUGGCCAUUAGAAUCAGCGACAUGAGUGGAAACCCCACGGAGCAUUUAACAGCCAUCCAAGCGCUGAGGCCGCAAGACCCAAAGGGCCUUCCCAGUCUACAGAAUGGUCUGGAAAUGGCGCGGGGCGCUCUCUUUCACACCCCAAGCCACGGCACGCGCGAGGUCCUAGUUAUAUUUGGCUCUUUACUAUCCUCUGACCCCGGAGAUAUUCACCAGACAAUCAGCACCUUGAUCAGUGACAAAGUACGAGUCCGAAUUGUUGGUCUCGCUGCACAGGUUGCAAUCUGUCGUGAACUUUGCACAAAAACAAAUGGGGGUGACGAGACAGCUUACGGCGUAGCGCUGAAUGAGCAGCAUUUCCGGGAGUUGAUGAUGGAUGUUACCACACCCCCGGCCUCAUAUUCCCAGAAGCAAACGGCUAGCUCAUUGUUGAUGAUGGGCUUCCCGUCUCGGACGGUCGAAUCAAACCCCUCUCUCUGUGCCUGCCAUUCCAAACCUUCUCGAGGCGGAUAUCUAUGCUCUCGCUGUGGCAGCAAAGUUUGUAGCCUGCCUGCAGAGUGUCCCUCGUGUGGUCUGACUCUCAUUCUCUCUACACAUCUUGCCCGUUCAUAUCACCAUCUAUUUCCCUUAAUCAACUGGGUAGAGGUUCCAUGGCGCCGGGCUUCGCAGUCCACCGCAUGCUUUGCUUGCGGGCUUCCUUUCCCAGCUGUUCCACCUGUGGAUCAAUGGCAAGUGACCGAGAACCAAACUAAAGGAAUGAGUGUGAGUAGUCGCUACGAAUGCACUGCUUGCAAAAACCACUUCUGCAUUGAUUGUGAUCUUUUCUCUCACGAAGUUGUUCAUAAUUGUCCUGGAUGUCAGAGUCGGACUAACCACCAGGAAUUGGAUGCGCAACCCGCAAAUUCGGAUGGAAUGGACAUGGCAGCUUAA